AUGGCGAAGGCAGUGACGGAGGUGGCUGUCCCUUACUUCACGGGGCGCGUCACCGACUGGGUGGCCAGCGAGGACGAGGUGGCGGCCGCCUGGCCCAUGGCACUGCUGGGGCUUGGCAGUGCCGUCACUGAAUUCACCUGCGACGUCACCUACGCGGGGACCCUAAGCCGGGCGCUGGGAAGUCUCCAACGUCGCGUCUUCGCCGCCGUCCUGCGACGGGAUGUCACCUCCCUGCGGGCGACGGGGUCCGGGGCAGUGACGGCGCGGGUGACAGGGGACGUGGAGGCCACCCACGCGGCGGUGGCCGAGGCGCUCAGCCUCUUGCUGUGGUACCUGGCGCGGGGCGUUUGUCUCCUGGUCGCCAUGGUGUGGUUGUCACCCUUCCUGGCCUUCGUCACCCUCCUGUCACUGCCCGUCCUCCUGCUGCUGCCCCAGGGCGUCGGCAAGAUCCAGCAGUUCUCAGCGCUGGCCCUGAAGUUGGGGCUCCUCUGCUAUGGGGGACAGCUGGUGGCCGCGGGGACCAUCACCACCGGGGACCUUGUCACCUUCCUCGUCUACCAGAUGCAGUUCGCUGAGGCCGUAGAGGGCGUGUCCCUGGAGCUGCGCCCCGGGGAGGUGCUGGCGGUGCUGGCCCCCCCGGGGGCGGGGAAGAGCACCCUGGUGUCCCUGGUCCUGUGUCUGCGCCCGCCGGAGGCCGGGCGGGUGCUGCUGGACGGUCACCCCCUCCCUGCCUACCAGCACCCCUACCUGCGCUGCCAGGAACCGGGAGACCUGGGCACCCGGGAUAUGGAGAAGGCUGAGGAACUCAGUGACUCUUUUGCCUCAGUCUUCACCGGCAAGUGCUCGAGCCACACCACCAAGUCGCAGAAGGCCAAGGCAGGGACUGGGAGAAUGAAGAACCGCCCGCUGUAG